AAAAUUAGAACUUCCGGUAUGGUCUCGAAAAAAUUGCAUAGAAUGAAGUAAUUAUUUGAUCGAGACCAAGUGUGGUCAAAAUGCCCGGAAGGAAGAAGCCAUUCAUUGACAAGAAGAAUGCUGUGACAUUUCACCUUGUUCACAGAAGUCAGAAGGAUCCGCUUCAGGCCAGUGAAGAAGCAUCCAAACAUGUCCUCCUCCAAGCCAGCAGUAAAAAGGACUUGGCAAAGCAGAAGGAAGAGGAACAGAAGUAUGGAGUGUUUUAUGAUGACGAAUAUGACUACAUGCAACAUUUACGAGAAACUAAUGAAGCAUGCGUGCUGGAAGCGGUCAGCGAGAGCCGUAUAUCAGCGAAACAAGAGCAACGGGGACCUAAAAUCCAACUGCCUUCCACAGCAUUUGCCUCUGAUAUAGAAACUGAUGUGGGCCUCUUAAAUAAGGCAGCUCCAAGCAGAGGCCCGAAGCUUGACUGGGAUCCUGACAUAGUUGCUGCCCUUGAUGAUGAUUUCGUGUUUGAUGAUCCUGAUAACCAGCUGGAAGAUAACUUCAUGGAAAUGGCUAAUGCUGAAGGGGGAUUUGUGGAGGGAGAGGAAUUGGACAGUGAUGAAUGUGACAUGGAUUCCAACGAUGCUAACAUGUCUGACGAUGAGAUGAGAGGUUUCCCUGGUGACCAGAUGUUUAUGGAAGAAGAAACUAAAUCCCGUUUCACCAGCUACUCCAUGACGUCGUCAGUCAUCCGUAGGAAUGAAGGUCUGACACUGCUUGAUGAUAGGUUUGAAAAGUUUUAUGAGCAGUUUGAUGAUUGUGAGAUUGGACCGUUGGACCAUGAGGACAUAGAGGGUGCUGUAGAUCAGAACAGCUACAUGCUCAACACAAUCCUGGAGGAAUUUGAGAAAGAACAAGAUGCUAAAAAACUGAAGGAUGUUGUAGAUGAGAACGUAGGAGAGGAAGUUGGGGCAGAGAGUGACGAGUCUGAGGAUGCUGGUGAUAUGGUAGAUGUGGAGAUUGAGGAACCUGGAGAGAAGUGGGAUUGUGAAUCUAUUCUAAGUACUUAUUCAAACAUAUACAACCACCCAAAAUUGAUUGAGGAACCAAGAAAGGAAAAGAAAAUAGAACUAACCUCCCGACUAGGCAUUCCAAGUAAGUCACUGAAGAAAACAGGGUUGUCACGGAAACAGAUUGAACAGGAAGAACGGGCUGCCAAAAUACAGGACCGAGCAAGUACAUACCGACCAAAGGAUGAAACAUUGAAAGAGAAAAAGGAAAGGAAACAGGCAAUCAAAGAGGAGAGAAAAGAGAGAAGACAAGAGAAAAAAUCCAACAAGAAGGCAUUUACAGAAGAAAAGAUUCGAUUGGAAAAAGAAAUGAAAAAUUUGAAGAACAAUUUACAAGGAGUAAAAAUUGUUUGAGACACUGUGUUCAAGAUGUGGCAGCUUCUUAAUAUCUGAUAAAUGAUAUCAGAUAGAAUUGCUUCACCAUUUGGCGUCAGUCAGAAGGUACUUACUUCUCUGAUGGAAUAACAUCAGUAUUCUGGAGUUCCUUCCCUUCAUUUAGAACCAUACAUCACAGCAAAUCACCCUCUCAAAGUCUGUCAGAAUAUGAUAUGUCAAUCGGCAGUAUUGCUUCUUAUAUGAGAGCAAAACACUGUGCUGACCACAAGUCAUAUUCCUACAUAGGGGAGAUAAGCACCAUUUCCUGUGCACUGACCACAAGUCAUACUCUAACUUGGAGGAGAUAAAUGCCACUUCCUGUACACUGACCACAAGUCAUACUCCUACAUGAGGGAGACAGACACCACUUCCUGUGUACUGACCACAAGUCAUACUCCUACGUGGAGGCAGUUAAACACAACUUCCUGUACACUGACUGCAAGUCAUGCUACUAUGUGAGGGAGGUAAACACCACUUCCUGUGUACUGACCACUAGUCAUACUCAUGUAUAAGGAGAUAAAUGCCACUUCCUGUGUACGGACCACAAGUCAUACUCCUACGUGGCGGGUAUAAAUGCCACUUCCUGUGUACUGACCACAAGUCACACUCAUGUGUUGGGAGUUAAAUGCCAAUUCCUGUGUACUGACCACAAGUCAUACUCGUGUGUUGGGAGAUAAACGCCACUUCCUGCGUACUGACCACAAGUCACACCCGUGUGUUGGGAGAUAAACGCCACUUCCUGCGUACUGACCACAAGUCACACUCGUGUUUUGGGAGAUAAACGCCACUUCCUGUGUUCUGGAUACUGGUAGGACUCCCACCCUGUUUAUACAGUACAUGACUUUUUAGUAUUUAUUGAAACACUACUUACUUUGUUUACCUCUGUAUUCUCCUGAAGUGAACCGUUAAUAAAUUCCUGUGUUGUAUGUACUUCAUUAAACUCAUAUAGUGUUUUUCUGAAGAAAUUUUUAUUAAUUAAUGAAAUGCAAGAACAUUUGACAUGUGUACACAUUUAUGGGAGUGUUUAAAAUUGUGACUUCCUCAGAUGAACUUGCAGGUGAGAUUGUUCAGAAUGUUUAUUUUGUGUUGAUGCUAAGAGUGUUUUUGGCAGGUUGAGUUCAUUUAUUCAAUAUGUAUUCAUCUACAUAAUUUUUGAUGCUAUGAAAUAAAAGUGAGGUGUAAGAGA